AUCGUGAGUGAUUGAGAAUGGGGACAGGCUGAGCAAGUGUAUCAUAAGGCGGCCGGCCGUGGCCGUGGGCGAACCCGAUCCCGAUUCUUCACGGUCACAGGAGAUGGCAGGAACGCUGCCGGUCAAUGGCAACGAGCGCCUUGGGCCUGGACAUUAUCAUGAUCGAUGAUGUGAAGGACAAUCGGGCGCCGGCUAUAAGAGUCCGUUUUCUCGAGUGCCUCCAUUAUCAGUUCAGCGUAGGAAGCGGCGGUGCGCAGGAGCUUUAGUCGGUGCACGGUAACUGUAGUGUUGUGGUCAGUGUUUUGAGAUAAAUCCAGCGACAUGAGUGCCUCAAGUUCUCUGUCCGAUUUGAAGCUAAUCGGAGAUUCCGUUUCGAUCGGUGACGUGAUUCGUGAAAUUGUCCGCACCGGACCGUACGAGGAUCCGGUCCACGUGCUCGAUCUGGACGACGUCGUACAGAAACAUCGCAACUGGCUGCGCAAGAUGCCACGGGUAACGCCGUUCUACGCCGUCAAGUGCAACGAUGACUCGCGCAUCCUGCAAACGCUGCACGCCCUCGGCACAGGAUUCGACUGCGCGUCGAAGGGUGAACUGGAGCGUGUCCUUUCGCUGGGCGUUCGCCCGGAAAGCAUCAUCUUUGCGCAACCGGCCAAAUCGCUGGCGUCGUUACUGUACGCACGCUCGAAGCAGGUACAGACGAUGACGUUCGAUGGCGCCCUGGAGUUGGAGAAGAUUCACCGGCACUAUCCGGACGCACGGCUCGUCCUGCGGAUACGGCACGACUCGGCGAAGGUACGGGUGACGCUGGGGAAAAAGUUUGGCUGUGAUCCGGUGAAGGACGCACCGGAACUGCUCCGGCGGGCGCGGGCCUUGCGGAUGAGCGUCGUCGGUAUCAGCUUCCACGUGGGUUCGGAUUGCAGUGAGGCGGAGGUGUACCACGAGGCGGUCAAGGUGGCCAGUGGUCUGUUUGAGUACGCCCGUAGCAUCGGCUACGGCCUGACUCUGCUGGACGUCGGGGGAGGCUUCCCGGGAGAUAAACCACUCGAUCCGUACGCAACGGCGAUCAACGCGGCCCUUCAUCAGUACUUCCCGCCGGAAACGAACGUACGGAUCAUGGCGGAACCGGGCCGCUACUAUGCUGCGUCGGCCGUGACCCUCGUGACCUUCGUGGACUCGAAGCGCGUUGAAACGGAGGCUGCGGCCGACGGCACGGAAGCCAGCGUGAUGCAUUACUAUCUCAACGACGGCGUGUUUGGGUCGUUCUUCUGCACGGCCCACGAAGGCCAGGUCAGCGUUCCGAUCGUAACGCACAAGACCGCUUCCGCCCAGCACCGAUCGAUGGUUUGGGGCCCAACCUGCGAUCCGAUGGAUCUGAUCCUGUCCGACGUGCGGCUACCCGAACUGGAGAUCGGCGAUAGUGUGGUGUUCGAGAACGUCGGCGCUUACGGCCAAGUGCUUGCGUGCCGCUUCAACGGGUUCUCCCUGCCCAAGGUGGUCGCCUAUCUGAGAGAAGGAACCUGGAACAUUUUACAAGAACUGAUCCGAUCGUCACCAACCAGCAAGACCCAGAUCGCCGACCCGGAUGGUAAACUGCUUGUGUCUCACCAAUCGUACACCCCGUCGGUGGAAACCACGUUGUCUAUUUGACGCUAGGCUUUUGACAGGGCAACGGGCGGUAGUAGUAAAAAAGUACAUUUAU